UAUUAUUUUUGCAUUAUGCUUUUCUGUUAUUCUUUAAUAUGUUGUUCCAGAACAGAAAAUAAUAUCCAAAGACACUUUGGUACUGGCAGCUCCAUCUAUAACAAGAAAGAUAACCAGUCUGUUCCAGAUAAUGAAAUUUCCCAGAAUGCAGCAGAAAGCCAAGACAAGGGAAAGGAGACUUCGAAAAAAGACCUGCUGGACAUUAUCAAGGACAUGAAAGUUGAAGUGAGCACAGUAAAUGUGCAAACAGCAAAGCCACGUGGCAGAAAAGCUCCUGCCAGUCUGCAGGCUACAGCUGGCAGGCUCCAGAGAGCUCCAGAAGAUCCUCCAAAGAAGAGAGAUGAGCUCCUGACUCCUGAGUUGGUGGCGGCGGCAGCUGCUGUUGCAGAUUCUCUCCCUUUUGACAAGCACUCGACCAAGUCUGAGCUGCUCAGGCAGCUUCAGCAACAUGAGGAGGAGGCGAAGGCUCAGAAGGCGAGAGAGAGGCGCCGGGUUAGUUUCAGUCACAUAAUAUCAGAUAUGAAAAUUGUCAAGUCCACUUCUGCAAGAGUUAACACAAAACCACAGGACCAGAUUCAGUUUGACGAAGGAAUGGAGGAUUCUUCUCCUAAUAAGGAGAACCCAGCUGAUUUCAGAAAAAGGAAAAUUUUAUUCAAGGGGAAAAGACUUUCAAUUUUUGAUGCUAAGGCGUUUGCUGAUGAAGCACCUGCUCAUGAACCAGAAGCAGCACCUUCUCUCUGGGAGAUAGAGUUUGCUAAGCAGCUGGCCGCAGUCAGCGAGCAGCCCCCUGGGAAUGGAUUUGAGGAGAUGAUACAGUGGACAAAGGAGGGGAAGCUGUGGGAGUUCCCAGUCAACAACGAAGCAGGUUUUGAUGAUGACGGCUCAGAAUUCCAUGAGCAUAUAUUUUUGGAUAAGCACCUGGAGGGUUUCCCCAAGCAAGGACCAAUUCGCUUCUUCAUGGAGCUGGUGACCUGUGGCCUUUCGAAAAACCCGUAUCUGAGUGUUAAACAGAAAGUUGAGCAUAUAGAGUGGUUUAGAAAUUAUUUUAAUGAAAAAAUGGAUAUUCUCAAAGAAAAUAACAUUCACUUAACAUCAUGAAUUUUUUAUUUAAGCUGUUGAAGAUGUAUAUUAUAGCUAAAUAAAAAUUUU